AAUGCUUAUAAGCUAAGUUUGGUAAUUGAUAAAGAACGUUUUUGUUGUUGAGAUUUGUAGAUAAUUACCGAUAUGAACUGAUAAAGUUUUGAUUAAUUUACAAAUAACAUAGUGCUGUUAUUUUGAAUUAUUGGUUUAACACAAACCUAAUCAGUUUCAUUAAUAAUAAUUAAUAAGUAUACUAGCUUUUGCCCGUGAGUUUGUGCGCGUAGUCGUCGAAAAUAAUUAUAACAGGAUUUAAAUAUGUUUUCACACGUCACCGUGCCUUUUAAUCUUAUUGGAUAUACCAUUUAUAACUCAAGAACGGUCAACCUGAAUUUAAUGGUUGGAGAAAAUUUGGUCUGCUUAAAAUUAUACCCCAUUUACAAUAAUUUUAAAUAGCCAUUUUAAAUUACCAAACUUUAAAGAUUAUUCAUACAAAAUUUGUCAUCCUUGUCAUUUGUUUUCAUCAGGGACAGAUUUUUCUUAUAAGCGUCCACAUUUUAACUCUGCCCCAUAUCAGCAAGCUCUGUGGAGCCCAUUGCGGCUAGCCAGCGUUACGAAAAGGUUACCGCAGUCCCGGUAUACGAAUGGCUAAUGAAGGAACAUUGAUGAAUUUCAGAGAGUAAAAGCCUGGCACUCUCUUCUGCUCAACCUGUUAUGUUUGGUAAGGGAUGAUUUGGUAAUAUAAUGAAAUAAUCUUCUGAGCGUUUGAAACACGUUCACACUAAGGUUUGGUGGAACGCAGUCGGUAAUACUCGUAGUUUAAAAUGGUCACAGCCAUCACAUUUUGCUAUACCAGCGGUUUGUUUGCUAUGACUGAAAAUAGAUUAAUUUGCACAUGGAAACGUUACCAAAUGUUUUUAUACCUAAAAUGUAUAAACGUAUAUAUUAUAUAUGUAUGUAAUAAUUAUAUGUAGCUACAUCGUAUGCAUUAAAGCCGUAGUAAGUACAUUAACAAAUAAAAAAAGAAAUGAAUGUUUCUGUACCACCCCAAAAAUACCUCUAUUCACCAGAUUUGACCGUACCUAACGGAGACAGAAAUGCAUUAACGCAAACAUUACGUAAGAAAUGUGAAAUUGUGAAGUGUUUAUUUGCACACUUUUCUAUAUGUGAUAGUUUACCGUCGUUAAACUAGUAAAAUAUAUUUCUGAAUUCUUUGGGGAAAAGUUACAUUCGAAAGUCUAGUGUAUAAAAAAUGUUUCCAAACUGUGUUAACCGUGACUUUGAUAUUUUAAGCAACAGUUGGGACUGUAAUUCAGCAAGUAGAUGGAAUUCGGAUUUAUAAAGAUAAGAAAUAUCUGUUGCAAGAUCUAACAUUACUUUGCGUUUAUCCUAAAAUGUAAUAUUAUUAUUUAUUACGAUAAAAACCCGUUAGACGUAUAUCACCAAUAAAGAUUAGGUGUACAUGAAGGUUUGAUAAAGUAGAGCGCGCUAUACACACCGGCGUACGAUAAUGACUCGGUCACAAGCUAGAGCACAUAGUGUCAGACAGAGAGAGUGGACAAGCCUCAUAAAUUAUUGUAUUUAGGAAGUCCAUGUUAACUGGACGUUUCCUACCAGCCGAUACGCGGCGGACCUUCCAGACUAUUGUUUUUGCAUGAAUUGAAUAAGUGACGAUGAUUUUGCUACUUCAAAUUAUGACAUUGGCAUUUUGGUUUGGCUGAAUUAUGUAAGCUUGAUAUUAUAUGACAAACUCCGUUUAGGUAUUACUUGAUAGCAAAUUUUGGUAUACGUUUUAAGCGCAUUUAUGGACACGAUGCGUAAAUAUUCGUACUAGGAAUUUUACGCUUUCGAAAUGUAUACUGCAUGAGUUUUACCUAGACUUCAAUAAUUUCGAGGUUGCUUAGUUGACAUUCAUUCCCACUAAUAUCGUGGGGACCAAGCGGUACAAUGACCCAAUUUGUGUGCAGUACAUGUAGCUCUCCUAUAUAUGUAACAUAUUAAUGAUCCUAGAUUUGAUUCCAGACAGGUACAGUUUUUAUUCUACAUACCUUUUUUAAGUCGUGGCUAAGCAUAAGUGAUUCGAUCACAGGUUAAGCUAUGCUUGACGGCUAGGCCAAUGAUGAUACCUUUUUUAAGUCAUCACGAAAUGACAAGAGACUGAAAAGAAACGUCUUAUAUCGUUACUGAUAUGACAUGAGACUGAAAAAGUUCGUCGUACCGUAAUUUUAUCAGCUAAGUUUUUCAGACUUUAGUAAUUUCAAAUAUCCACACCGCACCUCAAAAACCACACAAGACUCAGUUGUAGGACAGACACACACAUACAGCAAUUACAGUCCAGUGUAAUUUUAAGGUUGUAUUCCUAUUGAAAUCUAAAUGUAAUACAAGAUAAAUAGCUUGGGGUCGAAUGUCGAUAAGGUUUGGGUUUUUGGCAAAUUAAUAGUCUAUGAGAGAUUGGUUUGUUUUAUAACCCUAUAAUUGAAUCUGAUUUAGAAUGAAAAGUCUACUAUUUUAGUAACUUUUUGGUACAAUUUGUUCAUAAAGUGGACCAGAGUUUUGUUACGUUCUGUAUAAUUAAUUUGAAUUAGCGUCAAUCAAGUCACGUAAAGUGCCAAUAAUAGGAAAGGUAACACGUUAAUUACCCCAUAAAGUUGAUAUGAAACAGUUGCUACGUCUAAGCUUUCACUAGUGUGUCAACUGUACAAAUUAAAUUGACACGCCACUUAAGAGGAACGCACGGCGUGUUUACAGAACUCAUAUUUCAGGUGCUCCCUUUGCAUUAACUGGGGCGCGACAUCACAAAUCUGUCAGUAGUUUGUCCACCAGCAAACCAUGAACAUCGAUUUAAGAAAAUAAAAACGACAUAUUUGUGUGAGACAAAAUACGCUCGAUUUUCGUGGUUUUGUUUGUUAGUGGUGUUUGGCGAUGGUGUCGAAGGGUGUGUUGCUGUCGUGUCACGGGGUGGUGUGGGUCGCCGCGGUGGCGCUGGCGCUGUGGGCGAGCGCCGCGCGCGCCGCCCUGCGCUACGACACCGCCACGCCCUACACGCCGCCCUACAACAAACACAGAUACAUACCGCUCCAAGUACAUUUCUUUUAUAGCGGCGAGACAGAGCCCGUUUCAAUGGACUCAGUGGAUGCGGGAUCAUCAUACAAUGGGAUGCCGAUAUCGGAGUUCAUCCUGACAGCGCUGCGGACAGCCCUCGACGUGGUGCGGAACAUCAACAAACAGCGCGCUAUCGCAACGACGAACAACAACACCACAGCUGUUGCGUUAAGACAAACGAAGCUGAGGAACUCCACGGUGGGCAGCGGACGAGGGUUCGAAGACUAUUAUGACGAGCACCACCACUACGAAGAGCACACCACACCAAAGCCCAUGAAACAGAAGGCCAGGUACACUGAUCCCUGGGCCGGCUACUACGACUGGAUCAUUAACGAGGGAUCCUUCAAGUUCUGGAGUGUUUUCCAACUCUUCACUGCCGGUUUGCUUCUGUACGCCUGCUUGUCAGCCAUCUACUACGCGAAAUUCAACCCUAUUCUACCGGACUACGACAGAGAAUACGAUGACUACUUCCUGGAGCGUACGGUAGGACGAAACGCCCGUAGUCUGGACCAAAGUGAGAUGCCGUCAGGGCUGAGCUGGAUGAACCCCAGGACCUUCCAGUUCAUAUUAGAUGCCAUAUCUAAACAUUACGAGGAGGACUAGACUAGAUUUAGUUAACCUUUUUUUAUUCGGGGUAACGACGACAUUAGCUCUUACAAUACAUAUAAUAAUAUGAAAGUGGUAUCUUAGUGUAUAUUACAUUCAAAAGAUCGUACGAUCUAUCCAUAACUUGUUAUUAUUUCCUAGCUUUCAUUUUGAUAAAUUACUUCUUAGGAGAUUAAAUUGUAUCGUGAUUUUUAUUAUGAGCUUGGUAUGAUACCUUUUGUAUUUCGUAACUCUUAGAAAAUUUUCUUACGUCUUUGUUACCCUGAAUUGAAAUUCCUAACGAAUUUGACUGAAAGAAUGCUCAAAGUACGUCUAAUUUUAUGGUUCCAGAAGAAAGAUCUGAAUUACAAUUAUGUUUAGUGUAGGGCAGGAGUUAGUAGCCCCGAUUUGACGGAACUUAAAUGUAAGUUCCCAUUGAAUCGGGUCUUCACUUCUAAUGGAACAUUUUUAUUGUUUAAUUUAUUGCUAAGAUAUUUUAUGCUCAACUUUAGUUCCUAGAAUCUUGGAAAUAAACCCACAAUGCAACAAA